UGCAGACGGAAAAUGGACAGCAGUACUUUCCCAUCUCGGCCGUGUUCAUCUUCGUCUCAUUCUUCGAGGAACAAAGCACAAAUAGAUGUGAAGUGAUCAAGACAUCGCUGUAACCUCUCAGCCGAUGCGCAGAAAAUCUUGGCAUUUUGCCCAAGGGAGGCGCCGCAGCUCUUCCAUCCUAGCCAUCCCAGCCAUCCCCUGAGCAAAUGCUUACCCAUGAUCGUGUCAGCAUCCCCAUUCUCCAGUGAUUGCCACAGGGAAGGAGGUCGGAACCGUCGGAACAGUGCAGAGCAAUGUACCACGAUUGGGAUGAGGCACGAGCUCCCCCAUUGGACGAGUGGUAUGGCCGCUCAAGAGUGGCUUUUCCCCUAUGUUCGCUCUCUCUCUGUCUCUUCUUGUGUUGCCCAUUCUUGGGGUGGGGAUGUUGCUCUUCAUGUUGUUGUUGUUGUUGACGACGUUGAGAGAGAUCAGCAACAUCUCACACAUAGGGAAGAAUGAAGCCGACAGCGAUAACGGCGGUGGCCACGAACACGCAUCCGGGCAGACGAACAUUUCCCCCAUUUUCACUCUUCACUGCAUGCAGUUUGUGCCGAAACUUUAUACCAGCCAAAAAGCAAGUGAACGGCAGUGCGUCAUCUCCAACGGGCCAUAAUUGAGUCCAAUUUAGUAUUUUCGUCUCGUUUCUUUCGAUUCCAUUGCUCAUCAUCAAGAUAGAACGAGUUACGUUUGGUAACUAUUUUGGUUACUAUUGACAUGAUUGUACUGAGCUGUUAGCAAAACGUUGUCAACGAAGUCAGACCAUUUGUGAUAUUGCUCAUGUCCACCUUUUGACGCCAUGUAUAGUCCAAUCAGUCCCAGGAAAGGAUUGUUUGGGUCCAUCAAAAAUAGUCCAAGGAAGCCACUUCUUUCACCUUCGGAAGGAAAUCCAUUCAGUUACAGCUCGGAGACCCUCAAUCUCUUUGGCACCAGCGAUGGAUUUGUUCCACUUUCCCGAAAUGCAAUUGGAGGCAGCGGCACGUUUUCCCAACCUCGAACUCCUGUCUCCGAGCAUGCUCGUCCCAAUUCAUCCUGGCUUCCGGGGAAAUCCAUUUCCUUGGGCUCGGGGAGCAUUGGGGCCGGGAGCACCACCAGCAUCAACACCUCCGGGCGAACGGUCAAGGAAUAUGAUGAUGGCAUGCGGGAGCUCAAGAAGGAGAAUUUCAAUCUCAAGCUCCGGAUCUACUUUCUGGAGGAACGAUUGGGUGGGGGGAAAGUGAGUUCCAAAGAAUCAAAUGGCAAGCAACGGCCACCCGCUUCCAAACAAGAGGACAUCGCCCAGAGCAACAUGGAUCUCAAGAUUCAAGUUGAAAGUCUCAAGUAUGAUCUUCGUGAAAAAACGGAACUCUUGAAAGAAGCAGGUCUAGCGCUCGAAGACUUGGAAAACCGGCUUUCGGCCAUGACCAUUGACCGAGAAGAGGAACGAUCGACGCUCGAGGCCCGACUCCAGCAAAUGGAAGAGGACUUUCAAGAUACGCAUGAUUCCAUCAAAGAUGUCUUUAAAGAGGUCAAAGAGACGCAGGACAACAAGGAACGAAGUCUUCUAAGCCCUGACGCUCGGGACGAAGACGACAAACUGUUGAAAGAGGUGGACGCAGAAAUUGCGAGAGGCCUUCAUUUCAGCCCUUUGCGGCAGGUGUCGAGCCCCGCCUCCACCUCGUUGAUGCUCCCACUGAGCACCGAGAUGCUUACCUCCACACCCUGUCGACCAACCUUCCUUGAUGUGGUGCAGGAAAAUGAGCAUGAGGUCAUGGUGGGGCAAGUGGAAGAGCUGGAAAAGAAGGUGGACGAGUUGCAGCUUGAGCUUCACAACUCCGAGCUCACCUUGAAAGAGGCCAAAGAAGUAGUGGACCAAAGGAUGAACGACAUCAUUUCGUUAGAAAGCGAAUUGGUCAAUCGAGACAUUCAGAUUUCGGCCUUGCAAGGAGAGCUCUCACAAGUGAAGGGGGAAUCCGGCGAAGCAUCCACAGUCCAAGUUGAGGAGCUCAACCUUUUGCUGAGGGAACGCGAUGAAGCCGCAGAAAAGCUGAGGCACUCAGAGGAGGAAUUGGGUCACCUCAAGAAAAGCAUCGUGGGACUAGGAGAUGAACUAGAUGAUCACAAGGAGAAAUUUGAGGCUCUAAAACUGGAAUUGGAGAUCAAGCAAAAUCGCAUUGAGGAGCUGGAAACAGCCCUCGGAAAUGCCAAUGACACCAUCGACUGCCUAAACAUGGAGCAACAAGGGGCGGGCGGAUCGACGGUAACUAGUCGCUCCUUGGGUUGCCCUACUACCAGUGAUGACGCUCGUUUUACGAUACAUACUCACCAAUUGUCAGACCUUUUGGACCAGACUGCUUUCAAUCAUGCAACUUCGGAAAACGUAUAUGGGACCCAAUUGCAAGUUGUGACGCAGACUCUGCACAUUCCUCCAACAUCCAACGCAUACGGUGGUCAUGAAUUUUCCUCCCAGCCCCAAGAGAGCGACGAAGUCGAGAGAUUGAGGCGGGACAUGGCCAAACUGAAGGAGUACCUGAGAACCAGCGUGCAAGAGCGCAAAUUGCUCUUGAAGAAGAUCGGAACUCUCAAUGAGAGAAUUGCCCAAGUUCAGAAGAAUAAGCUGGUCGUGCUACAAAAUGGAUAUCCUGUGCCAGCCAGUGAUUUGGCCAAGAGUUUUCCCAAGAGUGUGUCGAUUCAGUGUAAUCUGGGAAGUAAAGGCAUCGAGGAAUUGGCGGGUCCGUCAAGUCCACGAUCGCUCAACCUGAGGAUCGCCAAUUUGCAGCAAAGAUUGGUGCGGUCCUCCGAAGACGCGGAAGCAUUGAGGGCAUAUUUGGAGUCAUUGGUGGACGUUAUCGAGCCUUUGACCAGACAACCUGGGAGUAAGUUGUCUCCCGACCUAGUUUUGGGCAUUAAACGUGCCGUAUUGGAUAGCUUAGAAAUGGUGAAAUCCCACUCUCGUGUGCCCACGCCCCUGAUCCGCGACACAACUGCAAGCAUUGGAGGUGGUGAUGAGGAUGAAAUAGAUGCUUUCAGACCGGCCAGUGCAACCUCUGGUAAUAGUUGGAGAAGUGUCUUACCGGAUCCAAGUCAUUUGGACUUGGGCAAGUUUGAACAAAACCUCAAAUGUGAUGUCUCUGUAGACUCCAACCAUUCGGGGCGGCUCCGUCAAGACCUUGACGAGAAAACUGCCAUGCUUGAACUCCUGGAAGAACAACUGGAUGAAAAGGACCAAAUGAUGUUGGAACAGGAGCGCAUGUUAGACGAGUACCGAUUGGAAAUCCUUCGUCUUCAAGAGGCCAAUGAGUGCGAGCAGGAAUUCAGUGUUUCGUAUGAUCAUCGGAGAGGUGGGACUUCGUCGGAUAAGAGUCGUUCGCUUAGGCGGAACCGUCUAAGCAUUUCCAGUCAGAGGCGACGAGGUCCGCCCACCUCCGGCGUGUACACCCAAUCCCAACACUCUGAGCUCGAGAUCAAGAAUGCGGCUAGGGCCCUGAGUGAUGGCGAGGACUCGUGGUCUGAACCGGACGUGACGGCAGCUCGAAGGCGCAUGGGUCUUUCCACUCAAGCUCUUCGCGCGAGAAUGGCAGACAAGGACUCGUCCGAGACGGACUUUGACAAACAGAAGUCAUUUUAUUCCUUGGAGUAUACUCGUGCUGAGAUGUCUGAGGACGGCGAUCAAACCGUGACAACGUUUGAAGACUAUUCGAAGAUAAUUGAAGAGCUCCAAUCCCACCGACGCGAGAUCGAGAAACUCCAAGUCACCAGCACGAGCUUGGACGACGAACCUCCGAAUUGCUUGACUCUAGUGGCCAAGCCUUCGUUGGAAUUUGAAGGUUACCCUAGAGAGCACCAGGAUGCCCCCGGAUCUUUGGAGUGCAUCCUCACCGGGAUUGGCGAUCUCCUGGCCGCCAUGAAUGAUCUAAGCUACCAGCUCGACCUGUCAGAUUCCUUCUCAGAUUCCGGUCACGGAUCCGACGAGGAAGAGGACGAGGAUGGGGAUGACACGGAGGUUGAAAAUAGUUUUUGCAAAGAAGAGAUCCAUUUCCGCCUGUGUACCCAAUGCUCGGUAGUCGUUUGUCAGGAUGUUGAGCAUUGCUUGGAACGAUGCGGCAAGUUAAUCUUGGCUUCAAUCUCGACAAUGCGAAGACUUCGUAAGAUUUGUUGCCACUCCCGAUCACGAUUGCAUCAGGCGAGCGAGAAGAUGGCCAAGCAAAACAACCAAAUCGCUCAGCUCGAAGAGACAGUCAAGUUGUUGCAAAAGAAGACAGAAAUCACCGAGAAACUCCAAUCUGAUUUGGAUAACACACGAUCGGACCUGGGCAAAAAAGCCAAAGAGUUGCAAGACGCUCAUUUGAAAUUGAAUGAGAACUACAAAUUAGUCGCUGAAUUGAGCAACGAAAACCUCCGGCUCAUCAGUGAAAAGGUCAAGGUGGAGGAUUUAAAUGAGACCCUUCAGAAGGAUCACAGUCGACUAAGAGCAGAAUUAAGGGACAAUCGAAAACUCCACCCAAUCAACAAUAUAAAACAUUAUAAUAAACCGGACACCAAUGCAAGCCAAGAGGCCAAUAAACCAUGGAACAUUCCAUUGACCGGUGCCUCCUCACCAGAGACAUCUUCUUCGUUUGAAUUUUUCGAGCCUACUAUCGCCACCAGCUCAAGUGGCAUGCCCACCACGCCCACUAUUGCCCGCCGUUGUAUCUCCGGUCAGUUGGAUGUGUCUCUCGGGGCAAGGCAUCGGUCUUUUGACAGGAUAACCGUGUCUUCUCGACCAAAAAUAACUCAUCACACUGGAAGACGUGUCAAACCACCCUCGAGUCCACAUCCUUUGGACCAAGAGCCCCCCUUUCAAAGGUCAUAUUCAACUUCGGAGUCAAAACGGUCUUACACAAGUGGGACCACCAAAGUUCAUCCAUCCGACUUGUCAUCGCCAGAUUUGGGUGUCGAUGUUGGAUCGGACCCUUUUUCGAGCUUAGAGCGGAAUCAGUCUAGCCUGGACAAUGUCAGAGGAGGCAAUAAGGUGCCCAUUGACACCAUGUUGGUGGAAAAUCGCCAACUACGCCAUGAGCGUGACCUCUUGCUUCAAAAACUGGUUCGUUCCAAAGGCGCCCUAAAGGAGACUUUAGAUCGAUUGACCACUUCGAACCAACAGAAGCAAGAUCAUUUGUCCCCUCAGACUCAACGGCGCGUUCUAUCUUCGUCUUCAGUUCUUCAAUCGAUUGGUGCUAGUCCCUCCAGAUCGAGGAUCACUCAAGAUCUCCUUGAAUUUUCCCGGACCCACCAUGGGGGUGGAUCUCCUCGGUCCUCGCCUCAUAACCCAAGCAUGGGCAGUCCAAAGAAACCAAAGAGUCGGAGAAACUCCAAUAUGUCAUGAUUCAAUCACAAACAACUUCAGAAGUGCAUUAUUAACCCAGUAGCAACACGACGAAAUUAACGGAUUUGAAAUCCCGGCCUACCUGCUAAUUGAGUGGCCCAUGAUAUGAUUCAUUCAACUAUGCGUGCUAAUCACAGGGGAGAUUGUGAUCCCCUACCUCAUUUUUCCAUAUAUUAUUAACCGAAGGUAACUUGAUAACCCAUUUGUCUAAAAAGGCGUUCACGUCGAGAUAGCGUCAUUUAUUUUUGCCACUACCUACAAGAGUAGAAUGCCAUAUCGUUGGUGAUGAUUUGUAUAAAACGUCACACAAUAAAUGCAUGCGGAAUGAGGA